AUGGGCCUGCAUGCCAAGGGACUGUUGCGAGACACGAAGAACAAGCGGAUCCGAUUGCCGCCGCCGCUUGACCAGUUCAACGCUGCGGAGAGAGCUAUUGCAGUGAACGCGGUGUCUUGGUUAGCAGUCGUCGGUGGGACGGUGCUGUGGAAUAGGGGCAAGAUGAGCGCCACAGAAGGCAUUGUCCGGAAGGCGCUCGUGUGGUCCAUCGUAUCGGCCACCAGCGUACAGGUUGCAUCCAACGUAAUCUGGGCAGUGUCGGGAAAACUUGAUGGUGCAAGUGCCCAGGGGCGUGGUGCGAGCGUUUGGGCGGGUCUGAAGAGCUUCCGGUGGUCAUACCUGGGUGUGCUCGCUGUGUGCAACCUCGGAGAGUUUAUUCAGGGGGCAUACUUGUUCCGGCUCUAUUCCCAGAGCAGCGCGUUCGGCAUGGAGCAGAUCAGCCGAUUGUUUCUGGCAGGUACAUUGUCAAGCAUGGUGACUGGGCUUUUCGCUGGAUCGUUGCUCGACAGGUACGGGCGACGGAGUGGCUGCAUGCUGUGGGCUAUUCUCAACAUCGUGCAGUGCUUCCUGAUCCGGUCGAAGGCGUUUGGAGCCCUUGUGCUGGGUCGAGUGAUUGCAGGCGCCGGUGCGAUGUUCCUGGCGACUGCUUUCGAGUCUUGGAUGAUCACGGAACACCGUAGCAGAGGAUACCCGUCGUACCUGCUGGCAGACACAUUCCACAUGGCAACGUGGGGAAUCGGGUUAGCGACGAUCGCGUCAGGCUUGUUGGCGGAUUUUUCCGUGCGGUCGAUGGGGAUGGGCCUCCUGGGGCCUUUCAAUGUCGCCAUUGGGGUGUCGCUAAUCUCGCUCGUGCUCAUCGCCGGUUUGUGGAAUGAAAACUACGGGGACCGAUCCUCCUCUACCUCCCGUCACAUGAAAGAGGCGUUUGGAAGCAUCGUGUCCGAUGGUCGCCUAGUGAUGAUGUCCGCGGUGCAAGCGCUGUUCGAGGGGGUGAUGCUCGCCUACGUCGUCCUCUGGGCGCCUGCCAUCGAAGCCGCUGCUUUGACCGACAAGGUUGCCCUAGGCAUGGUGUUCUCAACGAUGAUGGUGAGUAUGUGCGGGGGGAGUUCGCUGUUCAAGCUGAUGACCGAGGGACUUCCGGUGGGAUUGGCGGUCUCUCCAGAAGCUUGCCUCGUAUUGGCAACAGGGCUGAGCACAGUGGCACUGGUGGCGUCGUGGAUGGAACUGUCGCCCGGAAAGCUGCUGGCGAUGUUCCUGGUGUACGAGGCGUGCAUUGGACUGUAUCUCCCUGCCAUUGCAACGUGUCGAUCCAAGUACAUUGACGACCGGAUUCGUGGCACCGUCAUGAAUUUGACCAGGGUACCAGUGUAUGUCGUGGCAGCUUUCCUGAUGCACGGACCGGUGGCAAGUAGCUCGGUGUCUGAGGAUGACGAGGGCGUUUCAGCCUUCGGGAUCUUGGCCGGCCUCAUGGGAGUGGCGACGCUCAUACAGGUGCUCCUGUUACAGCGGGAGAGGGAAAUGGGCAUCGCUUACGGUGGAUCUGGAGCCAUGGCAUCGCUUCCGAAGGAGAGGAGAGGAAGAGAAGGCACGGGCUCAUCGGAUUGACUCCAUUUUUGUUCUUGUCUGGCCCAUUUUUUUUUGCUCGGGUCGUCUCCGCUAGAAGAACGUUGCACAAGUUUAAGUUGUCCCCCUGUAUCUCUCUAUCUUUUUUGCCACAUAAAAUUCCUCUUUCAAUGUUGACUUUUGGUAUUGAGGUUUUGUCGGUCGUGUGCAUAUCGUUUGUGGUGUGUUACGGUUAGAGUGGCAGGUUGAGGAAGGGAUCAGGUCUUCAUUUGAGGAUCCAGCUGUUCCUUCAUUUUUCCAUCGCCUUGAUUUACUUUUCGCGUGUUUUGUGUUGGCCAAAGCGCAUUCUGAGCUCUAUGGCUGCCACCGCCUAUGGCAUAAUAAUACAGUGCAUGAAUAUUCAAGUGUUUACUAUAGUAGAUUAGGGUGAUAUCGCCGGCGGGGGGAAAUCGAAAGCGUUACGAUACCAGAGCUUCGAACAAGCGAACAGGACGAGUUGGUUUGAUGUUGCGUCGCUGUCCAUCUUUCACAACGUUGGUCAAAGACCAGUCCCACGGGAGUUGCAAUCAACCAUUGCAUUUUUCCAAUUCUCUUGUCUGUGCUUGGAGUUCAGAAUCACACAUCUUGUUGGUUUUUUCUUGCACGCCGCACAAGACGUCCUCUGCUUUCAAAAUAUGGGUUGGUAUGGGGUGAUGGUGAAGUUGGCUAUAGUGCCGGGCCUAGAGAAGCGGGUGUUACCGUCGCCAUCGCCGCUAAAUAGAGCUUGCUUCGCUGCUAUUUAUUGCACUGACAUUGGCUUCUUCUUGUCAAGAGCCCUUUGAGGUACAAAGCAGCGCUGUGUAAUGUCAGACGUACGUCGUGUAGGCUGUAGGCUAUGCUUGCGCGGUGUCUAUCGCCAAAGCGGUGUCUGGUGGUCCUGACAUGGUGCAAUCGUGGUGCGUUGACCAAUCAGCGAAUGUUGGAACGGCGGGUUGCAGAUUCUAAUAGCCAUUGUUUUUGUUCACGUUCUCGUCUUUG